CCACUCCGUGACGUCAUGGAGGUGGGCGGUGAGGCUGAGGGGGCGUCAACGGCCGAGGUGAUAAGCAUUGUGGGUAGAGCCGUGUGCGCAGGCGUGCUGCUGACGGUGGCCUUGUACCUGCUGCGCGCUCUGUGUCACAGCAUGGCCUGGAAAUGCGGCGGGGACAGCCAAGCGGAGCUCGUCAACAACCUGCGCAAAAAUGGAAUUAUCAAGACAGAGCGGGUUUAUCAAGUAAUGUUAGCCACAGACCGCUGCCACUAUGUAAAGAGUAACCCCUACACAGAUUCCCCACAGUCUAUAGGUUUCCAGGCUACAAUCAGUGCCCCACAUAUGCACGCAUAUGCCCUGGAACUGCUGCACGAUCAAUUGUCUGAAGGAGCUAAAGCACUUGAUGUAGGUUCUGGCAGUGGAAUCCUCACAUCUUGUUUUGCACGGAUGGUUGGUCCAAAUGGAAGAGUGGUAGGGAUUGAACAUAUUAAAGAACUGGUAAAUGACUCCACGACUAAUGUAAAGAAAGAUGAUGCAUCUUUGCUUUCCUCAGGAAGAGUAAAAUUUGUAGUGGGUGACGGAAGACAAGGGUACCCAGAGGAAGCUCCAUAUGAUGCCAUUCACGUGGGAGCUGCUGCAAGUACAGUACCACAGGCACUACUUGAACAGUUAAAGCCAGGUGGGAGGAUGAUUUUACCUGUCGGCCCUCCUGGCGGAAACCAGAUGUUGGAGCAGUAUGAUAAGCUAGAAAAUGGCAGCAUCAGUAAGAAGCCUCUGAUGGGAGUGAUCUAUGUGCCUUUAACAGAUCAAGAAAAGCAGGUGCCAAAGUGGAAGUGAUUCUGCACAACCCAUUUCUCAGAAACAAGGGAUGAAAUGUGAAGCUUCAUCUGUGUGCUCAGAACCUGACAUUAAUGUGGAGUGGAUAUCUCCUGUUCUAAAUGCUUUGAAAAAUGACAGCAUUGCAGCUUGUUUUGGACUUAUACACACACAAUCACACACUCAUACUUAAUGAUUUGUGUGGAGCAGUGUUCUUUUAAUAGUUCAACAAACUAGCCUGGGAAAGGGCUGCUGUGAUGAGUAAAAAUAAUACAUCCGGCGCUGGGAGAAGUUUUCUGAGGCUUGGUUUAGUUUUCAAACUGGCAAGAGUGAAGCUGCAGCAAGGAAGGCCAGUAGAAGUGUGGUGUGGCUAGUUAACCCCCACCCCCACCACCCCAAAUGAUAAA